UCUCGGCGUUUCUCAUUGGCUCCCCGCAGGCAAUUUGCAUUGACGUCAGUAAAGGCUGGAGGUCAAGCUCUGCUCUUGCUUUUAUUGGUUGCGCCUCUGUCAAAGCAGCGCUUGAAGAAUUAGAAGGGUGAAAAAAAGCUGCCGCGGGAGGGGGGGCAGGGACGUUGGAAGAGAGGAAAGGUGCAUCGGGAGAGGGGAGCCUGGGCUCCGAGCUGCUGCAGCACUGCGGGCUGGAAGGGAAAGGAGAGCCGGGCUGCACAGACAACGACAUUCAAUCACGAUCUCGCAUCUUCACUGACAGGGGAGCCCCGGUGUGAGAGAGGCAUCGGUGGCUCCAGGUACCCGGGCAGGCGACUCUCACCCGGCCGGCGGUGUUGUCACACGUCCUCCAUGAAAUCCACGGACUCGGCCUUGGGAUCCGCAGCUCGGCUAUGUGUGUCCGUGUGAGGAGGAGGCGGCAGCUUUUUCCUUGCGCUCUUGUGGGGCUCGGGGAGGGGGAAUCUUCCUGUUGCCAAGAGGAGCGGGUGUGUGAAUGUAAAUAAGCCUCUUCCUCCUCCUCCUCUGCCGCUGGAUAAUGAUAAUGAUGAUGAGGAGGAGUCAUAGGGUCCCUACGAACACUUUGUAGCUCCGGAGGGGGACACUGUGCCACAUCUGUGCCUUUUCUGUGCCCUCCUCUAUUCACGUGCCAAGCCCCCAUCUCCGGCAUGAAAUCCCCCCAUCUGUAACUUGUGGCCGGGGAAGUGUGAGCGCCGAGAGCACAGGGCGUGGAGGGGAAGCCAGACAGCUCGCUGCAUCCUUUGCCUUCCUAUGCGAUCAGCAGCGGCAGCCUUGCAGCAAUUGCUCCGUGCGCACGAUGUUGCCAUGCUGAUGCUGCGAGAUGAUCGCACGAGACGCUCGGCUGCCGAUGCCGCUGUCACCUGGGAGCUAACGCAGAAGGAGCCCACCCUCUGAAGGAACACCUUGCACUCUUGUCCCACGGUUGUUCCGCUGUUUCUGGAGGCAGAAUGGGAGCAUGACAUGAAGUCGGACAGUGACAGGGAGUCGCCGGCUGCCCAACACUACGCCUCCCCAUUAGGAGACUGACGGCUUCCGCAGCAGCAGCAGCACGAGCUCGGCCAAUAAUCGGCGCAAUAAGCGGUAUCGCAGCAUGGGCUGUGCUCCGAGCAUCCACAUCUCUGACAGCAGGGUGGUCUAUCACAGCGGCAAAGACUCCGACGAUUCCAACUCCCCGCACCAGACCAACACACUGGCUCAGCAAGGCAACUCCGUGCCGGGAUUAUUCAUUAAAUCCUCUCACACAUCCACUUAUAAGGUGAGGGCUAAUUCCUGUAGCAAAGGCACGAGGAACAGCUCGAACAUGGACGCAGAGAUAAACAGCAGCACAUCCACCACAGUAAAGGCAGCUGUAAGAGAAGUGCAGUUUGGUCCAAUGAAACUCCGCCAAGAUCAAAUUCAGGUACUUUUAGUAUUUGCCAAAGAAGAUAGCCAGAGUAAUGGAUUCUGUUGGGCGUGUGAGAAAGCAGGCUUUAAAUGUAACAUUGCCAGGACGCCGGAAACCGCUCUGGAAAGCUUUUUAGAUAAACAUCAUGAAAUUAUCAUUAUUGAUCAUAGGCAUUCACGAUAUUUUGAUGCAGAAGCUCUAUGCAGGUCCAUCAGAGCUUCAAAACCCUCAGAAAACACUGUCAUAGUUGCUGUAGUUAGAAGACAAAGUGAUCGGGACGAAGCAUCUAUAAUGCCCCUAAUAUCUGCUGGAUUUACCAGGAGAUAUGUAGAAAACGCCAAUAUUAUGGCCUGUUACAAUGAGCUGAUCCAGUUCGAAUUUGGAGAAGUACUUGCACAAUUUAAACUAAGGGCUUGUAAUUCGCUAUUUACUACAUUAGAAAAAAGUCAAGAAGCCAUUGAAAUUACAAGUGAGGAUCAUAUAAUACAGUAUGUGAAUCCUGCUUUUGAAAGCACGAUGGGUUAUCAGAAGGACGAAUUAAUUGGGAAGGAAUUAACUGAAGUGCCUAUUAAUGAAAAAAAAUCUGAUUUCUUAGAUACCAUUAAUUGUUGCAUCAAAACGGGAAAGGAAUGGGAAGGUAUUUACUAUGCCAAAAAUAAAAAUGGUGACAAUAUCCAGCAAAAUGUGAAGAUAGUUCCUGUUUUUGGUCAUCGGGGUAAAAUCAGACACUAUGUGUCUAUAAGCCACCCAUGCAGUGACAACAACAAGGCAGAAAAACAAUGUGAGAGAGUUCAGGCCGAAUCUCAAACAGAUAUCCAGACCUGUAGACACAAGGACAGACGGAAAGGUUCCUUAGAUGUCAGAUCAACCACAUCCAGGGGAAGUGAUGGUAGUUCACAGAGGCGGCAUUCUUCUAUGGCCAGAAUACAUUCUAUGACCAUUGAAGCCCCUAUCACAAAGGUAAUAAAUAUAAUAAAUGCUGCCCAAGAAAACAGCCCUACGCCUGUAGCAGAAGCAUUAGAUCGAGUUCUAGAGAUUUUGAGGACCACUGAACUAUACUCUCCGCAGCUGGGGACAAAGGAGGAAGACCCUCAUACCAAUGACCUGGUCGGAGGUUUGAUGACAGAUGGUUUACGAAGACUGUCAGGAAAUGAGUACAUCUUAUCAGCAAAACAGGUUCAUCCUGUCAGCGGGCAUAUGAUCUUAGCUCUUUCUCUAAGCGAUAUCCCACCUCGGAUAGCACAUGCAAUGGAAAAUGAAGAAGACUGGGAGUUUGAUAUCUUUGAAUUAGAGGCUGCUACACAUAAAAGGCCCUUAGUUUAUCUUGGCCUUAAAAUGUUUUCCCGGUUUGGCGUUUGUCAGUUUCUAAACUGCUCAGAAGCUACUUUGAGGUCUUGGCUACAUGUUAUCGAGUCGAACUACCAUUCAAGCAAUGCCUAUCAUAAUUCAACGCAUUCCGCUGAUGUCUUACAUGCCACUGCUUAUUUCCUCUGCAAAGAAAGGGUGAAGCAAAGCCUGGAUCAGAUUGAUGAAGUUGCUGCUCUCAUCGCUGCCACAGUCCAUGAUGUGGAUCACCCUGGUCGAACCAACUCAUUCCUUUGUAAUGCGGGAAGUGAGCUGGCAAUCCUUUACAAUGACACAGCUGUGUUAGAAAGCCACCAUGCAGCCCUAGCCUUCCAGCUCACCACUAGAGAUGACAAGUGCAAUAUCUUCAAAAACAUGGAGAGGAAUGAAUACCGCUCUUUGCGGCAAGCAAUCGUCGACAUGGUCUUAGCAACUGAAAUGACGAAGCACUUUGAGCAUGUAAACAAGUUUGUCAACAGCAUCAAUAAACCAUUGGCAGCAGUGGAGGAGAAUGGGGGCAGCCUUGAGGAAGAUGAUGCUGUUAUAAACAUACUGACAUCUCCAGAAAACCGGAUCCUCAUUAAAAGAAUGCUUAUUAAGUGCGCAGACAUUUCCAAUCCAUGCCGGGCACUUGAGCAGUGCAUUGAGUGGGCUGGUCGGAUCUCAGAAGAGUAUUUUGCACAAACAGAUGAGGAGAAGAGAAAGGGUUUGCCUGUGGUGAUGCCAGUGUUUGACAGAAACACAUGUAGCAUUCCGAAAUCCCAGAUCUCCUUUGUUGAUUAUUUCAUCACUGAUAUGUUUGACGCCUGGGAUGCAUUUGCUGAUUUGCCCAACUUGAUGCAGCAUCUGGAUAAUAACUUUAAAUAUUGGAAAUCACUAGACGAGAGACAGCUAAAGACUCUGCGACCGCCCCCUGAAUAAUUGAAGCGGCGCAAGGAGACACAGUCACUGAAGAUCCUUUAUCAGUUCAUGAGGCUCGGGUUCCUAUUGGUUCAUUCAGUUGUUACCAGAUCCAUCUUCAGCAUCUAGCGGAACGUUCACGUGCAUCAUCAUCAGGUCAAACAUUACCUCCAGUACAAUGCAGAAAACUUUUUUUAAAGGAAAAAAAAACUCUUGACGUAUCGUACAAACUAAUUUACACUGGAAUGCUGCAAUACCAGUACUGACGGGUCCUGCAAAACCGUUACCUGUUUCUUUUCUUGAAGAUACCCUUGGAUAAUUAUUUUCUCCGAGACAUCGCUCAGAAAUCGACAAAAACCUCAGAUUUGCAAGUGAAGGAAAAAUCUUUAUUUUGUGUCUCUCGGCUCGAGGAGAACACUCUGCUUUUUUUUUUUUUUUUAAAGCACUUAAAAAGUUGUAACAAUCAACCUAUUAAAAUGCACUCUUUAUGAAGGAGUUUUUGAUCUCUGAAAAAAAAAAAUAGAUCUAUUCUAUUUAAAAAAAAAAACAAAAAAAAAAACAAAAUCACAGAAGGGGCAAUCAUUCACUUCU